UCUAUCUCAUCCCAAAAUCAUCAUCCAUAGCUAGCUAGAUCGAUCCAUCGAUCAUCCAUUCCGCCAUUAAUGGAGGCAUUAAGCUUUCCAUUUCGAAAACUCCCCAUCUUCCUCUCUCUAUCCAUUCUUCUUCUCCUCUGCAACUUCCCCUCAGCCCAUUGCCAUGACUUCCUCCAUUGCCUCUCCUCUGGAAACCAUUCCACAGUUUCCAGGGUCGUCGUCUACACACCCUCCAAUCCAUCUUACACUCCCGUCCUCAAUUCCUCCCUGAGGAACUUCAGAUUCACAGACCCCUCCACCCCAAAACCCCUCUUCAUCGUCACCCCCACCCACGAGUCUCAAAUCCAGGCCGUCAUCCGCUGCUCCGUCAAGCUCCGGCUGCAAAUCAGGACACGAAGCGGCGGCCAUGACUACGAAGGAGUUUCCUCGUGGGCUACAGCUCCCCAGCCAUUCAUCAUCCUCGACCUCGUAAACAUGAGCCAUAUUUCAAUCAACGCUCGAAAGAAGACAGCCUGGGCUCAGUCAGGGGCAACAAUCGGACAAAUCUAUUACAAACUCAGCCAGAUCAGCAGAACCCUCGCAUUCCCCGCCGGCGUCUGCCCCACAGUCGGCGUCGGCGGCCACUUCAGCGGCGGCGGCUACGGAACAUUGCUCAGAAAAUUCGGCCUGGCGGCUGACAACAUCAUCGACGCCCGAAUCAUCACCGUCGACGGAAAAAUCCUCGACAGGAAAUCCAUGGGGGAGGACCUGUUUUGGGCCAUCAGGGGCGGCGGCGGCGCCAGCUUCGGUGUAAUAACCGCCUGGAAGCUGAAAUUGGUGACCGUACCCAAAAUCGUCACCGUAUUCUCCGUCGGCAGGACCAUCGAAGAAAAUGCUACCAAGAUCUUCCAUAAAUGGCAAUCUGUCGCCCCCAAUUUCCCGAAAGAACUACUCGUCCCUGUAGCCAUCUUACAGGCGAAUUCGACAACCCGGCCCGGAAAGAAAACAGUGAUGCUAAUCUUCAAUGCCGUCUUCCUCGGCCGGGCCGCGAACCUCGUAAAAUUGUUGUCCGAAAGACUCCCCGAAUUAGGCCUGAAAAGAUCCGACUGUCGGGAAGUGAGCUGGAUUCAAUCAGCCCUGUUCAUGAGUGCAUAUCCUAUCGAAACACCUCCGGCGAUCUUCGAAAGCCGAGACCCGUUGCUGAAGUUCUACUUCAAGGGGAAGAGCGAUUACGUGCAGGAACCGAUUCCCGAACACGGCCUGGAAGGAUUAUGGAAGCUAAUGUUAGAAGACGAAGCCGAAUUGGCGCAAGUGAUCCCGGUCCCGUACGGUGGAAGAAUGGCGGAGAUAUCCGAAUCCGCACUUCCAUUCCCUCACCGGGCGGGGAACUUGUACAAAUUCCAGCACAUCGUGUUCUGGAACGAGCCCGGCGAGGAGGCCUCGAAAAGGCAUAUAGAUUGGAUGAGGAGAUUGUACGAGUACUUGACCCCUUACGUGUCCAAGUCUCCGAGAGCCGGGUACAUUAAUUAUAGGGAUCUUGAUCUCGGAGUCAACGACGUCCAAGGGAACACGAGCUAUGCCAAAGCUAGUGUUUGGGGAUUGAAGUACUUCAACAAAAAUUUUCGAAAAUUGGUUGAGGUGAAAACUAGGGUCGAUCCCACAGACUUUUUCAGAAACGAGCAAAGUAUUCCGCCGUUUCUAUCGGUAAAAGCAGCUAAUUGAUUAAGAGUGCCCGAUCCGAUCCGGCCCCAACUUGGUGAUGGGGCGGGAGGGAGCUUACACACAAUUAGAUUUGUUUUGGGACAAUAAUAUUGAUCAAGAUAGGAUAUAUGUUCUAGCUCUUCUUGUGUUGUAAGAAUUGUUUGCUAUUUUGUUUGCAAAUUAUUUCUAUCAAUAAGGGGUAGACAGUUAGGAUUGGAAUGUAAUAUGCACCGAUGGAGCUGUAACUAGUGUUGCAUUGUUUUUUAAACAAUAAAACUAAUUAGCAUUUUAUUUGAA